UUUCUUUGGAUGCGAACAAUUAUCAAACAGGUAAAAUACACGAUUAUAAUUGCAGGAGAUUGAAAACAUAAUGAGUCGAAGAACCAACACUCCAAAAGUGGAUUUAAAGCUCAAUUUAUCACCACCUAGGUCGGCUAACCAACCAGUUAUUGUGUCGCAAAACACAUCAGUUUCUUCGUCACCCGGAAGCUCAUGUGUGUCUUCGGAGCCGACCGAUGACUCGACGACGAUGAUGCCAUAUCCCAGUAGUCCUGAAGGAAUGUCGAUGGUGCUGGUGGGAUGUCCUCGAUGUCUCAUGUAUGUUAUGCUAUCGGAAGUGGAUCCUAAGUGCCCCAAGUGCAAGAGCACCGUCUUGCUUGAUCUUUUUAGCCAACACAACGCCAAAAAGGCAAGCAACUGAAAGGAAAAAAAAGGUCUACAAUUCCGCUUUAUUUAUCUAGGUUUUUUUUCUUUCUUUCCAUAGAACAGGCUAUUUUUGUUUAUUUGUUUGCUUAGUUUAAUUUAAGGUUUUAUAAUAAAAUCAUAUCUGUAUUUUAUGUUGAGGAUCAUAAUAUAAGAUACAGGUACAGUUUAUCCAACA